GUUAAUGCAGAGGUCUAUAAAAAAGAGCUCCGGGGGCUUCUGAGCAUCACCAAGGUUCCGAUUCUGAAAGCUUCAUCUUCAAGCUGGUUAGAGAUCUUCUGCAAAGAUGCUCCGCAACAUCUUUCUUGUCAGCAUGCUCGUAUAUGCAGUCUGUGCAGUUCAUUGGGAGAUUCGUGAGGUGGACUCUGCUGAGGACCAAGAUGAAGAGAUCUCUGCUGAUGAUGCAAUGAUGCAGUCAUCUGUUGAGUGCUCACUAUGCAAAUCCAUUAUAAAGAAGGUAAAAAAGAUGAUCCCGUCUAACGCAACGCCGGAUGAAAUUAAAACCAAACUGAACAACACCUGUGAGAAAGUCAGGUUGCUGAGAGUUCAGUGCAAGCACUUUGUUCAGAAGUAUCUGCAUGAUCUGAUUGAUGAGCUGAUGACCGAUGAUGGGCCAAAAACCCUCUGUACUAAAAUUAAAAUCUGCAAGCCAGAAUCACCCAUAAAGGAGAUCAUUUUUGUACGUGAUCAAGCUAAUGACAAUUUCUAAAUGAGAAUAAAUUACUGUGAAGCAUUACAGUGGAAACAUAAUAAAAUAUAUGAAUAAAACGAUCAA